ACAUGUGACAAAGUGAGAGCAGCUGACAGCCUGGUCUGAACCUGAGGAAAAGACUCCGGACCAGAGGAGAUCCAGAGGAGGUCCAGAGGAGGUCCAGAGGAAGACCCGGCUGACAGGAACCAUCAGGUCAAAGGUCGGACUGCUCGUCCUGCCCUCGGCGUCUCCACACCUCCGGGUCUGGAUUAUUAAUCCCAGACUCCAGGAUGUCCAGGCCGGGCCUCCUGAAGGUGAUCCUCCUGGGCGACGGCGGCGUGGGCAAGUCGUCGCUCAUGAACCGCUACGUCAGCAACAAGUUCGACUUGCACCUCUUCCACACGAUCGGAGUGGAGUUCCUCAACAAGGAGCUGGAGGUGGACGGGCACCGGGUCACCCUGCAGAUCUGGGACACGGCGGGACAGGAGCGCUUCCGCAGCCUCCGCACACCGUUCUACCGCGGCUCGGACUGCUGCCUGCUCACCUUCAGUCUGGAUGACGGACAGAGCUUCCAGAACCUGGCCAACUGGAGGAAGGAGUUCUCGUACUACGCCGACGUCCAGGACCCUGACAGCUUCCCAUUUGUGGUGCUGGGAAACAAACUGGAUGCUCCCGAGCGGCAGGUGUCUCUGGAGGACGCCCAGCGGUGGUGCCGGGACAACGGCGGACACCCGUACUUUGAGACGAGCGCCAAGGACGCUACAAAUGUAGCGUCGGCCUUCGAGGAGGCGGUCCGUCGCAUUCUGGCAUCAGACAAGAGAGACGAUCACCUCGUUUACAGCAACACGGUAGAUCUACAGAAGAAGAGUCCCCGUGGACCGAGCUGCUGCUGAGCCGAGCGCUGGACCCACGACCUGAUGGGAAAUGACCCACUGGGCCUGUUGGGAAGUAACCC